AUGACAAUAGCAAAUGGUGCCCUGCACUUUGGUCCCGUGCCGCCGGGUUUUAUUGCUAUACCGGGAACACGGCGGCUGCUUUGGAUUCAGAGCAAGGACGUCUUAUUGCACCGGGUGAAACCGUUCAACAGGGUCAAAGAAACCAUUGGCGACGUAAUGCGAUAUCUAUGCUUUGUUGUUCCGUUCGGGCACUGUCAAUCACUUAUCAUCGUCACGGGGGAGCAGUGGACGCGUGCCCGCACGCCGGCGGCUGCGGCGCUACUGCCGGUCAGACCGAUCGCAAACCUCAACUCAACCGGCGAUCACAAUGGC